UUAUUUUUUACUGAUCAAAGAUAGAAACACGAUAAAGAUAAUCGUUCGCAUUACGUGGUGUUGAUAUCGCAUUCGUCACCACAUUUUUAUUAGUUUUGUGGUCGUUUGUAUUGUGCUUGCCCAAGCCAUUUUACGCGACCAGUUCCUAACGAGUUUUCGUGCCGAGCACACGCUUCUGUUUAACUGUUACCUAGCCGUAUCAUCUAUCAACAACCACCAUGUCUCUCCAGGAACAAUUCGACAAAGCCGCCGGAGACGUCAAGAAGCUGAAGUCCCUCCCCAGCGAUGCUGACCUCCUUGAGCUGUAUGCCCUCUUCAAGCAGGCUACCGUCGGAGACUCCGACCCCUCAAAGGCCCCCGGUUUCUUGGACCUGAAGGGCAAGGCCAAGUUCGAGGCGUGGUCCAAGAAGAAGGGUCUGUCCAAGGAGGAUGCACAGAAGGCGUACGUCGCCAAGGUCGAGCAGCUGAUCGCCUCCAUCGGCCUCCAAUAAAUAACAUAGUGGGACUGACAUUAGUAUACUUGUAAUUUUAAAAUCAGUGUGAAUUUUUUAUAUAUAAAAAUCAAAAAAGCUAUUCUUUUUUAUAUCAAAAUCAAAGAAAAUCAUCCGAAUCGGUUUCUAAAAUCGGUUCCGUAAUGGAGCGGUACGAGCAGGGUUAAUUUUGGGCGCCAUUUUGUUGCUGUCAGAGUUUAUGUAGCUCGUUCGUCUCUUGCAUUUAAUUUCCAACUUGUAUGUAGAGCUACAUCACUGUAGAUCGAAUAUAACACCAUAAAAUGCUGUUAUAUUAAACAAACUUUAACUUCAGCACAAAAUAUACAAAGUAUUCCUUAUGUAUGUCUGCCGUCCGCCUCAGUAUGUCAAAAUCAUUAUUUAUUACUUCGGUUUAGGCACAACUAGCUAGUAUUUAGGCGUAAACAUCACAUAAUGUAAGGAUACAAAAUAUACCUCUGUUCAAACAUCCGAUUCUUCCAUACUUUUUGGUAUGCGGUGCUGUUUCUAAUACGUUUUUUCUGUAUUUUUUCAUUUUUGUUGAAGAAGAUUUUUUUAUACAUGAAAUAUAUCCGUUGGUUACUGAA